AUGGGGACAAUUGGGGGGGUCAACAGGGGUCAAGAGGGGGACUGGGAAGGUCAACAGGGCACUGGGAGGGAUGACCACAAGCUCGACGUGAACGACCUGGAGGUCAAGUACAGCACCAGCAUCACCAAGGGCCUGGUGGAGGCGGUGGCAGCCGAGCGGCUGCUGCGGGAUGGCCCCAACGAGCUCCGCCCCCCCCGGGGGACCCCCGAGUGCGUCAAGUUUGGGCGGCAGUUGGCCGGGGGUCUCCAGUGCCUGAUGUGGGUGGCGGCGGCCAUUUGCCUCAUCGCCUACGGCGUGCAGGAGGGGGAGGGUGACCGCGGCAGCUCCGACAACCUGUACCUCGCCAUCGCCCUCAUCGCCGUCGUCGUCGUCACCGGCUGCUUCGGCUACUACCAGGAGUUCAAGAGCACCAACAUCAUCGCCAGCUUCAAGAACCUCGUCCCUCAGCAAGCCACGGUGAUCCGGGAAGGGGACAAGCUGCAGAUCAACGCCAACGAGCUGGUGGUCGGUGACCUGGUGGAGAUCAAAGGAGGCGACCGAGUUCCCGCGGACAUCCGCAUCAUCUCAGCUCAGGGUUGCAAGGUGGACAACUCGUCAUUGACGGGGGAGUCGGAGCCCCAGACCCGGUCACCCGAGUGCACCCAUGAUUCACCCUUGGAGACCCGCAACAUCGCCUUCUUCUCCACCAUGUGCCUAGAAGGGACGGCCAUGGGGUUGGUGAUCAACACGGGUGACCGGACCAUCAUCGGGCGCAUCGCCAGCUUGGCCUCGGGGGUGGAGAACGAGAAGACGCCCAUCGCCAUCGAGAUCGAGCACUUUGUUGACAUCAUCGCCGGCCUCGCCAUCUUCUUCGGCGCCACCUUCUUCGUGGUGGCCAUGGUCAUCGGCUACACCUUCCUCCGUGCCAUGGUCUUCUUCAUGGCCAUCGUCGUGGCCUACGUCCCUGAGGGGCUGCUGGCCACUGUCACGGUUUGCCUCUCGCUGACGGCGAAGCGGCUGGCACGGAAGAACUGCGUGGUGAAGAACCUGGAAGCGGUGGAGACGUUGGGUUCCACCUCGGUCAUCUGCUCCGACAAGACAGGGACCCUCACCCAAAACCGGAUGACGGUGGCACAUCUCUGGUUCGACAACCAGAUCCACACGGCCGACACUACCGAGGACCAAUCGGGUGAGCCGGAUGCCUGGGUCGUCGGCGACGCUUCGGAGACGGCGCUGUUGAAGUUCGCGGAGGUGACGGUGGGAUCGGUGGCGGAGGCCAGGGGACGGUUCCCCAAGAUGGCCGAGCUGCCCUUCAACUCCACCAACAAGUUCCAGGUGAGGGGACCCAGGCGUCGGGUGAGGGACCCAGGGUUCUGCGCCCGCUGGCUGCCGGCGGGGACGGUGGCAGCGGGGACGGACCCUGAGGCUCUGCCAGAGGUGGCCGUGGGACUCUGCUCCGCCGGGCUGGUGUCCAUGAUCGACCCACCCAGGGCCACCGUCCCCCAGGCCGUGCUCAAGUGUCGCACGGCUGGUAUCAGGGUCAUCAUGGUGACCGGAGACCACCCCAUCACGGCCAAGGCCAUCGCGGCGGCCGUUGGCAUCAUCUCAGAGGGCAGCGAGACCCCCGAGGAGGUGGCAGCUCGUCUACGUCUACCCCUUGAACGGGUGGACCCCAGGUGGGACCCAGGAGUCCGGGAGGGGACCCAGGUGUCUGGGAGGGACCCAGGGGUCUGGGUGGAGCCAUCACGGUGGGGAGUGUGAUGUUCCCAAGGUGCCAUCACGGCGGGGAUGGGGAUGGUCCUCAUCCCUCACCCCUCCGGGUCCCCAUGUCCCCAGGGUGCCAUCGUGGCGGUGACGGGGGACGGGGUGAACGACUCCCCGGCGCUGAAGAAGGCCGACAUCGGGGUGGCCAUGGGCAUCGCCGGCUCUGACGCCGCCAAGAACGCGGCCGACAUGAUCCUCCUCGAUGACAACUUCGCCUCCAUCGUCACCGGCGUGGAGCAAGGCCGCUUGAUCUUUGACAACCUGAAGAAGUCCAUCGCCUACACUUUGACCAAGAACAUCCCCGAGUUGACCCCCUACCUCAUCUACAUCACGGCCAGCGUCCCCCUGCCCUUGGGCUGCAUCACCAUCCUCUUCAUCGAGCUCUGCACUGACAUCGUGAGUGCCCGGACACCCGGGAACCGGAUCCUGGUGAUCGCCAUCGUGUUCCAAGUGUCCAUCGGCUGCUUCCUCUGUUACUGCCCCGGGAUGCCCAACGUCUUCAACUUCAUGCCCAUCCGGUGGGCCCGGGCGCCUCGGUCCCCUCCUGACCCCCCCUUCCUGGACGCCUGG